UGGUCACACCUCACAAACACCACAGUACAAACAAAUUAGAGAAUCUGAUUGACUCGUAACCCCGGUGUCCCUCAGUAUUUGAUGUAUGCACCAACACAGGCAACAUUUUCUCUCGCCCAAGAAAAGAACAAAAAGGAUAAAAUCCGACGAACUCUCGUUGAGCCUAUCGAGAGAUCGCGAACCGCACCGUGUUCGUGGAUCGAUUAAUACAUCAGAUUCAGAAUUUAGAUUCUGUCGUUCGCUUCGAUUUUCAAUUGAUCUAGUUUAUCAAAAAUGUUCUUGGUGGAUUGGUUCUAUGGAGUCCUCGCCUCGCUAGGGCUGUGGCAAAAAGAGGCCAAAAUCCUCUUCUUAGGCCUCGAUAAUGCUGGCAAAACCACCCUCCUUCAUAUGCUCAAAGACGAGAGAUUGGUACAGCACCAGCCAACACAGUAUCCAACAUCAGAGGAGUUGAGUAUUGGAAAGAUUAAGUUCAAGGCUUUUGAUUUGGGAGGUCAUCAGAUAGCACGCAGAGUUUGGAAAGAUUAUUAUGCCAAGGUGGAUGCAGUUAUUUACUUGGUGGAUGCUUAUGACAAGGAGAGGUUUGCCGAAUCAAAAAAAGAACUGGAUGCUCUCCUUUCUGAUGAGUCGUUGGCUACUGUUCCAUUCUUGAUUUUAGGCAACAAGAUUGACAUCCCUUAUGCUGCCUCCGAAGAUGAGUUGCGCUACCACAUGGGCUUGACGGGUAUCACUACUGGCAAGGGGAAGGUGAACCUUGCAGAUUCAAAUGUUCGUCCACUCGAGGUUUUCAUGUGUAGCAUUGUUCGUAAAAUGGGCUAUGGAGACGGCUUCAAAUGGGUCUCUCAGUACAUCAAGUAACGAGUGUAGGAAGCUACGCUUUUUGGCUGUAUUUGUGGAUUAUAUCGUGUUAUGAUAGACCUGUGCUGGAAGUGUUUUCUUAUUUGAAUUUGUUGGAUUAAUAACUUUUGUUAUACUUUUUGAUGGUAUUCUCUCUUGAUAUUGAAGGAAAAUAAUUCUUCCUGGUGAAAGGGUAUGCUUGUUUU